CCUGUGUGUGUGUAACUGUGUAUGAACAAGACCGCGUCACAGCAUACAAGCUGCCAUAUGUCAAAGCUGAACUCAUUGCUGUACUGAGAACAUCACAAACCAAUCACUGCUGUGGGAGGUGCAACGGUCCUUAAAAACAGAGCUCGUUAGAUAAACACAAAGCAUUUCCGCUUGACUCCGGAUCACUGAGGACAUAUCUGAGCUUGACGCUUGACGGGUUGCAGGACACCAAAAUGAAGGAUCUUCUUCAGUUCUUCACGUUUCUCAUCAUUGCCUACAAGACGAUGGGGGCUGUUGAAGUGAUUUAUGCUCGUGUUGGAGACAACAUUGACCUUAAUUUGAAACAACUCCCCCAAACUUUUUACGUGCGCUGGUUCUUGGAUAAGGACAAUGGACAUGAGCUUGCUAGCAUUAACCAUGUAGGUGGAAAAAGUAUUGAUCCAGGUGACAUCUGGAGUGGCAGGUUGUCCAUAACUCCCAAUAUACUGACCAUCAAAAACAUCCGAGAUGAAGACUUUAGGACCUUUGUCUGUAGAAUGUCAGAUAAUUCUAACACCCACAAUUCAAAAAAAUUUAUCCUGAUUAAAGUGAAUGUGAGUAUGAAUGAAGCCCAACCAUUGGUCCCUGGAGAUGAUCUGUCUCUGAACUGCAAUCUUACCACUGAAUGGAAACCCGCGAUUUACUGGAAGAACCCGACGGGCAGGAAUUUAUCCAUCUCAUCCCUGGUUAGAAAGAAAGCCGAAAGCCAAGACAAUGGAGAGUGGACAUGUGUUGUAACAAAUAAUGGAAAACAAAACAUGUUCAGAUUUUCUGUUUCUGUUGUAGACUUCUCCUCUACAUCCAAAUCUCUUUAUACAUCUACAAACCUCCCCCUCACCGUGCCUUUUGUGAUUUCUCCCAAUGAUUUCAUGAAACAAAUACUGUCCAAAAUAGAGAACGUUGAGUGGGUCUUCAUCCCUAAAACAUCUUUCAUUCAAAAGACCAUCUUCUCCAUCUCUCUAAGGAAUGGACAACUGAAAAAUUUGGACCCACACAGAGGACUGAGAUGUGAAAACUUUACAACGCAUGGAAAUUUUUCUUUGCACAAAAAACUGUCAAGGGAAGAAGACAGAGGGACAUACAAUUGCUCUAUAACCUUUAACAAUGGCUUCAUUCUGAGCAGGACAGUGCAUGUAGAGGUUCUGCAAAUCAUCCCCUCCCCUGCAACGGAGUUAAUUUCAGGCUAUCACCUGAACCUCUCCUGCUCCACUGGCGGUCCUCUGGAUACUAACGUUAAGGUGAAAUGGUUCCCCCCAAAGACGUCAUCCCUGGCGAACACCAAGCUUACAUCGGGCCAUCUCAUCAUCCAGAAAGUGAGCACGGAGGACUCUGGCAGGUGGAGGUGUGAGCUGGGGCUGGAGCCGGGGCCGGGGCAGAACAGAUCGACACUAACGUCAGCUGUGAUAGCGCUGAAGAUCGAACCCGUUCUGACUGUGUGGAUGCUGGUGACCAUAUGUGGUGCUGCAGUAAUCCUGAUCCUUCUCCUUAUACUCGCUUUUAUCCUCUUCCGGCGCAGACAGAGGAAGAUGAGACAGUUGAGGCACCGACUCUGCCAGUGCAAAAACCCAAAGCCAAAAGGUUUCUACAAGGCCUAAUAGUCUGGACAUUCACAACAGGACACCAGGGCAUCAUGCAUACAAAGACAUUUCUGUCCAAACGGACCCUCGUAUUUUCUGAACUGUGCAAGCACUCGCUAAUGCGUUGGAUGAGUUUGGAAGAAAAGACAACAUGCAGACGUUGCUGAAACGAAAGACGACAGAAAACUAAUGUUAAAGUUGUAUAUAUCAACCGGUUUAUUUGCCAUUUUGGACUGGUUUUUAUUGGUAACAGUUAUUUCACCUCUCAGCCAUCUCAUACAUUUGCUGUUUUGAACUUUGCAUCUUUGGCUUUUUUAAGAAAACAAAUUAGCCACCUUGGAAACAUUUUGUACCCACUUUUCCAACCAAUGAUUUAUUUUGUAAAAGUUUGCAAAUUUUAACCUUCAAAAAAAUGUUAUACAAUAAAAUGAAAUUAUACAGAAUAUGCGAUGAUACUGAGGCAUAUUUAUCUGAAUAGUUUAAAGAAAUUAAUAAAUACCUAAAGAUUUAAACUGAAAUGUUCAUGGGAGGGGAGGGGGGGGGACAUAAAAUGGAUGUUUUUUUUUUACCACCAUUUACAAAAGAGUUGACACAAUCUUUGUAAAUAUAAAAAACAGCAAACAGUGGUUUGGAAAAUAUAUUCAAACUCUGUAUUUAAACAAAAAUAGCAUAGAGACUAUAUAGAAAUAGAACAUCAUGAGGACUGCAUCCUGAAACCACCGUGGAUGCUGGCUUUUAAUGACGCUCAGAGGACAUCUUGAAUGGUUAUAUCUAUCAAUUUUGAGACUUCAGACCACAAAAAGGCAACAGCUCUUUUCCUUUUUUUAUUAUUUACAUUUGCGUUUUAAAGUAACAUUUGUGGGUUCAGAGUUCUCUGGUUACUUUAAGCUUAAAAAAAGCAGUUUUAAAAAGUGAUUUUAAUGAUCCAUGCAGUAUUUUGUCUUUGCUGCCAGAGUCAGACAAGACCCAUUUUAAUCCUCAUGCCCUCUGCUCAGAGCUUCUUAUGCUUCCCUAAAUGUUUUUUUAAUAAAGACAGAUAUGUUAAAUUAGUAAAUCCUAAAAGUCUUUGUAAUUCUAUAAAGAUUGUAAUUGUUUUUCUGUAAUAAUUGGCAGUUCACAGCCUUUCUCUGACCAGUAACUGCUUCCUGAUCUGUCCGACUGACAGCCUUGUACUGAUGUUGAUAUGUUGUCUUUGUAGUGUUUCCCAUUUAACUUAAAUCCAGGAAUAAGUUUAAUUAGUUUUUUAUAAACCACGACAGUUUGUAUUUACUCUCUUUUUUACACAGUCAGAAACCUUUUGAAGUCAGAAAUUUGUACUUACAGUGUAAUAUAUUUGUAAUAUUGUGAAUUUUAUCAUUGUUGAAAUACUGUUUGAGUUUUUUGUCAUUUUGUUAAGUGUCUUGUCAUGUAGUUUCAGUGAUAUUUUAUUAUCUGUUCAUGAGAUAAAUAUUCAUUUAUAAAAGAAAAAAAUCAAUAUAUUUUAUUUCUGCACACACAAUGAUACUUUAUUUCCUAAAAAUAGAAACAGGAUCUAAUUGACAGAAAAAGAUGUUGAUUUAGAGGUUAGUAGAAACUGUAAUAUGUAAAAGCUUUUCAAUAAAGGAUCAAUAGUAGCAGCUGA